AUGCGUAUUAUGUUUAUAAACACAGAAAGACAGUCACAACCAAAAUCAAGAAGACCGUCAGAUCCUGCUGGACAACACGAACCUACACAACUGGAUGGACAACAAGGACCUAAAGAAGAUGAUGUACCACAAGAACCUCAAGGAAAGAAUGAACCAACAGAACCUCAGGGAAAAAAUGAACAACUAGGACCUACAGGAGCGGAUGGACCACCAGGACCUGAAGGACCACAAGGAGCGGAUGGAGCACCAGGACCUCAAGGGGCGAAUGGAUCACAAGGACCUCAAGGACUUCGAGGAACGGAUGGAGCAGACGGAGCCGCUGGAACACCAGGACCUCAAGGACCCAAAGGAGACGCUGGAUCAAACGGAGCCGAUGGAACACCAGGACCUCAAGGACCCAAAGGAGAAACUGGAUCAAACGGAGCCGAUGGAACACCAGGACCUCAAGGACCCAAAGGAGAAACUGGAUCAAACGGAGCCGAUGGAUCAAACGGAGCCGAUGGAUCAAACGGAGCCGAUGGAUCAAACGGAGCCGAUGGAUCAAACGGAGCCGAUGGAUCAAACGGAGCCGAUGGAUCAAACGGAGCCGAUGGAUCAAACGGAGCCGAUGGAUCAAACGGAGCCGAUGGAUCAAACGGAGCCGAUGGAUCAAACGGAGCCGAUGGAUCAAACGGAGCCGAUGGAUCAAACGGAGCCGAUGGAUCAAACGGAGCCGAUGGAACACCAGGACCUCAAGGACCCAAAGGAGAAACUGGAUCAAACGGAGCCGAUGGAUCAAACGGAGCCGAUGGAUCAAACGGAGCCGAUGGAUCAAACGGAGCCGAUGGAUCAAACGGAGCCGAUGGAUCAAACGGAGCCGAUGGAUCAAACGGAGCCGAUGGAUCAAACGGAGCCGAUGGAUCAAACGGAGCCGAUGGAUCAAACGGAGCCGAUGGAUCAAACGGAGCCGAUGGAUCAAACGGAGCCGAUGGAUCAAACGGAGCCGAUGGAUCAAACGGAGCCGAUGGAUCAAACGGAGCCGAUGGAUCAAACGGAGCCGAUGGAUCAAACGGAGCCGAUGGAUCAAACGGAGCCGAUGGAUCAAACGGAGCCGAUGGAUCAAUCGGAGCCGAUGGAUCAAACGGAGCCGAUGGAUCAAACGGAGCCGAUGGAUCAAACGGAGCCGAUGGAUCAAACGGAGCCGAUGGAUCAAACGGAGCCGAUGGAUCAAACGGAGCCGAUGGAUCAAACGGAGCCGAUGGAUCAAACGGAGCCGAUGGAUCAAACGGAGCCGAUGGAACACCAGGACCUCAAGGACCCAAAGGAGAAACUGGAUCAAACGGAGCCGAUGGAACACCAGGACCUCAAGGACCCAAAGGAGAAACUGGAUCAAACGGAGCCGAUGGAUCAAACGGAGCCGAUGGAUCAAACGGAGCCGAUGGAUCAAACGGAGCCGAUGGAUCAAACGGAGCCGAUGGAUCAAACGGAGCCGAUGGAACACCAGGACCUCAAGGACCCAAAGGAGAAACUGGAUCAAACGGAGCCGAUGGAUCAAACGGAGCCGAUGGAUCAAACGGAGCCGAUGGAUCAAACGGAGCCGAUGGAUCAAACGGAGCCGAUGGAUCAAACGGAGCCGAUGGAUCAAACGGAGCCGAUGGAUCAAACGGAGCCGAUGGAUCAAACGGAGCCGAUGGAUCAAACGGAGCCGAUGGAUCAAACGGAGCCGAUGGAUCAAACGGAGCCGAUGGAUCAAACGGAGCCGAUGGAUCAAACGGAGCCGAUGGAUCAAACGGAGCCGAUGGAUCAAACGGAGCCGAUGGAUCAAACGGAGCCGAUGGAUCAAACGGAGCCGAUGGAUCAAACGGAGCCGAUGGAUCAAACGGAGCCGACGGAACACCAGGACCUCAAGGACCCAAAGGAGAAACUGGAUCAAACGGAGCCGAUGGAACACCAGGACCUCAAGGACCCAAAGGAGAAACUGGAUCAAACGGAGCCGAUGGAACACCAGGACCUCAAGGACCCAAAGGAGAAACUGGAUCAAACGGAGCCGAUGGAUCAAACGGAGCCGAUGGAUCAAACGGAGCCAAUGGAUCAAACGGAGCCGAUGGAUCAAACGGAGCCAAUGGAUCAAACGGAGCCGAUGGAUCAAACGGAGCCGAUGGAUCAAACGGAGCCAAUGGAAAACCAGGACCUCAAGGACCCAAAGGAGAAACUGGAUCACAAGGACCUCAAGGACCUCAAGGAGUUGAAGGUAUUGGACUAACUGGACCAGAAGGUCCACAAGGACUACAAGGCCCACCGGGACCACCAGGACCGCCAGGACCACCAAGUAUUGCACCUGCUAGACAACAAGAACCACGACAAAUACAACUCCCACCAGAAGCUAUAGAACAUAAUGCAGUAAAAGGAGACAAAGGAGAAAAAGGAGAAAAAGGAGAUAAAGGAGAAAAAGGAGAUGCAGGUAAAGGAGAGAAAGGAGACAAAGGAGAUGCUGGCGUUGGAAUAACCGGACCACAAGGUCCACAAGGACUACAAGGAACACCAGGAAAAAAUGGGAAAUUUGAUAUACGGGUCCAUCUGUAUGUAGAGAAAGGAAAACUAAGAAUUGGCAAAAUUGAAAGGUACCAAAUACAGAAUGCUGUCAAAGAUUUCAUCAUAAAAGAAACUGAAAACGACAACAAAAAUGAGCCACAAGAAAACAAAGUCGACCCUAACUUACAAAAAUCGGACCAACCUGAUAAUAACAAACACGAUGUAAAGAAACAAUUACAAGAAAAUGAUUUCAUAAAAAAUAAACAAACAAAAGUAGGAACUAGCUACGUUAGUAAAACAUCUCGGCAAGGGUAUAACAGCUACCGUAGAUCAACAAAGAAGCAAUCCGGUUACAGAACUAAGAAUAAGACAGCUUCGAAAACAACUGGCUACGACAGAAAAAGACCAAGGCAGGGGUAUAGUGGAUAUCGCAAAUCUAAACCGAAGGAAUCCGAAUACAAAACAAAGCACAAGACAGCUUUCAAAGUCAAUAAACCAAAUGGCUACGGCAGAAAAACAUCUCGACAUGGGAAUAAUAGCUAUCGAAAAAAGAAGACAGCAUCGUAUAGAAGUACAACCACUAGUUACAGUAGAAGUAAAACCGCUAGUUACAGAGAAGGUAAAACCACUAGUUACAGAAGAAGUAAAACCACUAGGAGCAGAAGAAAACAAUAUAGACGAUGA